AUGGCUGAUAUCUUGGAUAUUGGAGGCGAGCCGAUCUUUGACGAUCGCAUCGUCAAGUACGAGUUUCACACGUACAAUCCGUACGUGAACACAACGUUUGGACAUAGCGAUGAAAUAAGGAUACCCAUACAACAGCAGGAUUUAUACACGUUACCCUGUGAAAGCUGUCUCUAUGUCGAAGGAAGACUUACGUCAAAAGAAGAAAAUGCGGAACGGCGGCCGAAGCUUGGAAAUAAUUGCGUGGCGUUCAUGUUUGAGGAAAUUCAAUACGAACUCAAUGGUUCUGAGAUUGAUCGUAAUAGAAACGUUGGAAUAACUACUCUUUUGAAGAGCUAUAUAUCGUUUUCAGGUGAUUUCACACAUCAAAUGGAGAAUGCCGGAUUUGUACAUCCGGUGUUUGAUUACGAUGUAAGAAGAUUAGUAACACAGGAUGGAUAUUUUAGUUUUUAUGUACCGCUGUCAACGUUGUUUGGCUUUUGCGAAGAUUACAAACGUGUGGUAAUCAACGCGCGUCACGAAUUGAUUUUGAUACGAGCGCGCAACGACAACAAUUGCAUCGUGGGAGAUGCAGCGACAGAGCCGAAACUUGAAUUGUUCAAGAUACAGUGGCGAAUGCCUCACGUUACGUUGAACGAAGUCAAUAAACUGUCUAUGUUGCGUAUCUUAGAGAACGGACGAUAUCUGAGUAUGAGUUUCCGUUCGUGGGAUCUGUACGAGUAUCCUCUAUUACCGAGCACGACGAAGCACUCGUGGGCUAUCAAGACUGCGACUCAGCUCGAAAAACCGUGA